AUGGCGGCAGAUAGCACAGGAACAUCAGAAACGAACACCCAGACCACCGCACCAAUACUGGACGAACAGGACGUUCUGCUGAUCACCUAUGCAGAUACGCUGGUUGAUGGCGACAAACCACCGCUUCAAGUAUUGAACCAGUUUGCCCUGAGUUAUCUUGCUGACUAUUUCAGCGGUAUACAUAUCCUGCCGUUUUUCCCGUUUACUUCUGAUGACGGUUUUGCAGUUGUCGACUACAACAGCGUGCGCGCUGAUCUUGGCGACUGGCAGGACAUCGAGGCCAUGGCCGAAAAUUUUGAUCUGAUGUUUGACCUUGUGAUCAACCACUGUUCGAGGGAACACCUGUGGUUUGCGGAUUUUGUGAAUGGUUGUGCACCAGGCUGUGAUUUUUUUAUUGAGCUGCCAGCAGACACCAUCGUGGAUGAGGUAAUCAGACCUCGCAACACUCCGCUGCUGAGCGAAGUGCAGACCUACGCGGGACCCAAACAUGUAUGGACCACUUUCAGCGACGAUCAGAUUGAUCUGAAUUUCAGCAACCCGGAGGUGCUGUGUCAGUUCAUUGAAAUCCUCUUUGAUUACAUUGAACGUGGUGCCCGCUACAUACGCCUGGAUGCCAUCGCGUUCUUGUGGAAACGUCUCGGCACCAACUGCAUGAGCCUGCCAGAGACACACAUGGUCGUGAAAAUCAUGCGCCUGCUGAUAGAUUACACGGGGGCCGACGUUGUGCUGCUGACGGAAACCAAUGUGCCGCAUCAGGAAAACGUCAGCUACUUCGGACAAAAGGACGAAGCGCAUAUGGUGUAUCAAUUCAGCCUGGCGCCUCUGCUGCUGUACAGCUAUCUGUUCAACGACGGCAGCUAUCUGCAGAACUGGGCAAGCGAACUGCAGCAACCACCUGAGGGAUGUGCGUAUCUGAAUUUCAUCGCCAGUCACGACGGUAUCGGCCUGCGACCACUUGAAGGUCUGUUGCCAGCCGAAGACAUCGAAAAGUUGAUCAGCAACGUACACGACCGCGGUGGUUUUGUGAGCAUGCGCACUACCAGUGGAGGCGAGCAGAAAGCUUACGAGAUGAAUAUCUCUCUUUUUGCGGCGUUUGGCGGCAGCGCCGACGUUAUUCCCGCCUACGUUGGCGCCCAUCAGCUUUUGCUGGCUUUUCAAGGUGUGCCUGCUUUAUAUCUGCGCGCGCUGUUGGGCAGCCAGAACGACCUGGCCGCAGUGGAAAGAACCGGACGUACGCGCUCAAUCAACCGUGGCAAGCUGCAUGUCAGCAAUGUCCAGGAGGAAAUCAGUGACGUCAACAGCUUACCGCACGAAGUCUUUAACGCCUUAACCCACGCCCUCCGGGUAAGACGUUUGCAGCCUGCCUUCAGCCCGGCAGCAAACCAGGAAGUGAUAAUCAGUGGCGCGCAGCUUCUGGUGAUCAGACGAAAUGCAACACAACAGAAGGUUCUGGUCAUUGCUUCAUUUUCUGCGAACAUCCAAUCUGUCUCACUGAGCAGUUUUAUCGACCCGGAUCUGCUGAACGCAUCCGGCAUAAAAGAUCUUCUGACCCAAACCACAUAUGCUGCGGAACAGGCACUGGCGCUUGCCCCCUAUCAGGUUGUAUGGCUUGAACUAGAGCGCAUUUAA